GUGUGGCGGAAGUGGUUGGGGACCGAGGAGAGCGGGAGGGGGCGGUUCCCGUUCCACCUCGGAGCCGGAUGUUUGCCGAGCUUUGACAGGCGUGGCAGAGGGAGCAGUGCCCGAGUGCGGUUUCUCUUCAAGUUCUGCAGGGUGAGGCUGUGGGGGACGGGCUUGGCCAUGGAUCCGCUGUCAGAGCUGCAGGACGACCUGAACUUGGAUGACAGCAGCGAGGCUCUGAACCAGCUGAAGUUGGCCUCCAUCGAUGAGAAGAACUGGCCCUCGGAUGAAAUGCCUGACUUCCCCAAGUCAGAUGACUCCAAAAGCAGCUCCCCAGAACCUGUGACACACCUGAAGUGGGAUGACCCAUACUAUGACAUCGCCCGGCACCAGAUUGUGGAGGUGGCAGGAGAUGACAAGUAUGGGCGGAAGAUCAUUGUGUUCAGUGCCUGUCGCAUGCCCCCCAGCCACCAGCUGGACCACAGCAAGCUCCUGGGGUACCUGAAGCACACCCUGGACCAGUACGUGGAGAGCGACUACACACUGCUGUAUCUACACCACGGUCUGACCAGUGACAACAAGCCCUCCCUCAGCUGGCUCCGUGAUGCCUACCGGGAGUUUGACCGAAAGUAUAAGAAGAACAUCAAGGCCCUGUACAUCGUGCACCCGACCAUGUUCAUCAAAACUCUGCUCAUCCUCUUCAAACCCAUCAUCAGCUUCAAGUUUGGGCAGAAAAUCUUCUACGUGAAUUACCUGAGUGAGCUGAGCGAGCACGUGAAGCUGGAGCAGCUGGGGAUCCCUCGCCAAGUGCUCAAGUAUGACGACUUCCUCAAAUCCACACAGAAAAGCCCUGCGACAGCCCCCAAGCCCAUGCCCCCACGGCCCCCGCUGCCCAACCAGCAGUUUGGGGUGUCGCUGCAGCACCUCCAGGAGAAGAACCCAGAGCAGGAGCCCAUUCCCAUCGUGCUCAGGGAGACUGUGGCCUACUUACAGGCCCAUGCUCUCACCACCGAGGGCAUCUUCCGGAGGUCAGCCAACACCCAAGUGGUCCGGGAAGUCCAGCAGAAGUACAACAUGGGGCUGCCUGUGGACUUCAACCAGUACAACGAGCUGCACCUGCCAGCAGUCAUCCUUAAGACCUUCCUCCGGGAGCUUCCUGAGCCCCUGCUCACCUUUGACCUCUACCCCCACGUGGUGGGCUUCCUCAACAUAGAUGAGAGCCAGAGGGUGGCAGUGACACUGCAGGUCCUCCAGACGCUGCCCGAGGAGAACUACCGGGUGCUUCAUUUCCUGACUGCUUUCCUGGUGCAGAUUUCUGCACACAGUGACCAGAACAAGAUGACCAACACUAACCUGGCUGUUGUCUUCGGCCCUAACCUGCUGUGGGCCAAGGAUGCGGCCAUCACCCUCAAGGCCAUUAAUCCCAUCAACACCUUUACCAAGUUCCUUCUGGAUCAUCAAGGGGAGCUGUUCCCUAGCCCGGACCCCAGGGGGCUCUAAGCCCGGCCCCUGCCCCACCAGCCCCUUCUCUGCUAGCCUGGGUUUGGACUCUUCCUCCUGCCAUCAGGGGCCAUGAAGCCCCCUGGAGAGAGAUGCUGGAGCCGCCCAUCAGGCAUGCGCUUCCCCACCUCUGUCCAGCCCACCUCACGGCCCUGGCGGCCUUGCUGUUACCAGAAGAUGUUUUUCUUUGCCUUAUACUUCUCACUGCCUCUCUGGACACCCGGCUUUUCCUGGGCUUUCCAGAGCUGGGCUUGGCUCUUCUAGCUGGAGAAGGACUGAGCCCCAGUAACCCCUUUCCUGCUUUUUCCUGCCUCUUUUUCCCUGGCAACUGUGGAUGAAUCAAAUCACUGCCGGCUGGGCUGGUAGCAGGGGCCGGUCCUCCCCUCCUGAUUGCUGGGAAUGAGCAGCUGAGCUCCUUGGUGUGGCCACUGCCCCACGCUGAGGCGCCUCCCUGUCUGGUUGGCUGCCGUGCUUUGCCCUGCUUUGCUAAGUCCCACUGCGUGAAGGAGUGCAAGCACCCCUGCUCCUAUGCUGCCCCCAGCAGUUCAGCCUGGGGUAUUUCCCCUGCUGAGGAGUGACAGGGCUGGAGCCUGUCUGCUUUCUGCCUCCUCUUCCAUGAAUCCUGGGUCAGCCUUUCCCAAGUGAUAAUGCCCCUGGGGUGUCCCAACCCCCUGGUUCUGCUGGGAAUGGUAGCUUGGAUGACAGAGCUCAGGGUCCCAGCAUCCAUUUGAAAUCUCCCUCCCUGCCUCUGAGUGUGUGGUGGGAUCAGUGACUGGCAGGGUCAGCCUCUCCCUGCCUGGCCGCCUUUCCCACACAGGCAGAUCCUCAGCCUUCAGGUUCUUGUGGACCUGCCUGUUGUGGAGUCACACUGGCCUGUCCCGGCCAGAGGUGACUCAGUGCUUCAGGAUCUGUUUGGCUCCUUCCUCCAGCUGGGGUACCCUUAAAGGGGCUGGGGUAGAGGCUGAAUGCCCAUAGGAGGGCAAAGAUUGUGCUGAUAGGUCAGCCCAGAUCGGUGGGUUCUAGCAGUUUCCCCAGGGGAUUAAUGGGGCUCUAGGGCCCUGCUGUCUUUCAAGGAACUUCGACACCAAUUCGACCCCAGUGAUGGCUGAUCUCUCCCGCUGUCUCCUAAAAUUACACUCCUUUUUGACGAACUCUGGGGACCCCUCUUCCUGCAGCUUUGUCCUUGGGGAGUAGAGGGAAAUACCUGUAGUGACCCUGCCCCAUGACAUUGGCCAGGCAGGACAAUUCCAGAGCCUGUACUGUGGGGAUCCUCACUAGCCAGCCCAGCCCCGUCUGCAAGCCAGGCUGGGCCUGGGUGUCACUUCGCUGGGCUCUCCCAAAGCCAUCAGCAGUGAAUAUCCCCACCCCCGCCACUGGGGGCUUGGGCUGUCAGUCCCUUGGUCUCUAGCCUGGGCCUGCGCUGCUCUGCUGCCUGCCCUCCUUUGUGUAUCAAGUAUCACUCACAGCCCCAUUCACUGGGGAGCCUUUUGGAUCUAUUUGGUCUUUCUCAUGCCUCCACUGGUCUGUACCCCGGGGAAGGGGUGCUUGUACUGUGAAUCCAGUGUUCACAUUCACACUUAAUGACUUCCUUGGCACAAAUCAUGUAUUUCACCAUUUGCACUUUUUGUAUUUCAAUAAAAAUGGAGAUGCAAAACUG